CUUCCGGUCUUGACGUCAUUUGGUGGUGGCGUGAAGUGUGGGUCGGGAGCUGCUUCUCAAGUUUUUUGAGACCAAGCAGAGAAGGACAGUGAGGACAGCAGGACCCACUUGCACCUAUGGUGUGAACCGUGACUCCCUCCUGCGCACCCUCCCGUACAGAGUUGUCCGCUGAGCGCUUUGGGGGGGCCUCGGUAUCAGCCCUCUAUCCCACAUCUGCAGGCGGCGCCUUGAGCCUUGUGUGUAUUUUACGCAGCUGAAACUUUGAGGGUCUACGCUGCCCAAGACUGGAGUUAGGGGUUCGCUGAGGCCUCCUUACCGGCUUUGGUCGCCCCCCAUCACAGCCUUGCUCCUCCCACUGCAUCCCAUGGCGGCGCCUGCGCUGGCAUUGGUGUCGUUUGAAGAUGUGGCUGUGACAUUCACUGGGGAGGAAUGGCGGCAUCUGGACCUGACCCAGAGGACUCUGUACCAGGAAGUGAUGCUGGAGACUUGUGAGCUCCUGGUCUCACUGGGGUGUCCUGUUCCCAAAGCAGAGCUGAUGUAUCCACUGGAGUAUGGACAGGGACUAUGGAUGGUGAAGAGAGGCCUCUUACAACACACCUGUACAGGUGAGAAAGCAAAACUUGAUACAACAGAGCCUUCUGAUUCUCAGCUAGUCUUUUCCAAGGAAUCCUCUUAUCAAGAACAACUGAUACAGAGAUCCUCAAGGGAUUCCAGGUUGGGGCAAGCCACACAUGAGGAAAGGCUAUUAGAAAUGCAGGAAGGCAACUUGAGGCCAGGAACAGACCUCUCUAAGGAGACAUGCUCUGGAAAGCAGAGCCAUAAACAUGAUGAUUUGAAGACAAGUGAUAAUCUGUGUUUAAGAGUUUUACAGGAGCAAGUCAUUGCACAAGAUGCUAUCCGUGACCAUGGCUCUGAAAAGCCAGGAAAAGACCAUGUGAUUGAUCCAAAGAACAAGCCCUAUAAAUGCAAAGAAUGUGGAAAAGCCUUUGGCAAGAAUUGGGCCCUUACUCAGCAUCAACAGAUUCAUACUGGCGUGAAGCCCUAUGAAUGUAAUGAGUGUGAGAAGGCCUUCAAACGCAGGUCUCACCUCACAGAGCACCAACAUAUACACAGUACAGAAAAACCAUUUUUGUGCAAAGAAUGUGGAAAAGCUUUUUACUACAGCUCUUCUAUUGCCCAACACAUGAGAAUCCACACUGGAAAGAAACUAUAUGAGUGCACUGAUUGUGGAAAGGCCUUUACUCACCGCUCUACAUUUAUCCGCCAUAACAUGACUCACACAGGAGAAAAACCCUUUAUAUGCAAAGAAUGUGGGAAAGCUUUUUGUCGCAACUCCUCCUUCACUCAACACAUGAGGAUUCACACUGGUGAAAAGCCUUAUGAAUGCAGUGAAUGUGCAAGGGCCUUUGCUCAUUGCUCUACUUUCAUCAGGCAUAAGAGAACUCAUAAAGGAGAGAAACCCUUUGAGUGCAAAGAGUGUGGGAAGGCCUUUUGUGACAGUUCUUCCUUAAUUCAGCAUAUGAGGAGUCACACUGGUGAGAAGCCCUAUGAAUGCAAUGAAUGUGGAAAGGCCUUUACACAGCACUUUGCCUUUAUCGGACAUAAGAGGAGCCACACUGGAGUAAAACCCUUAAAGUGUAAAGAAUGUCCAAAAUCCUUUUCCUAUAGCUCUUCCUUCAUUUGACACAUGAGGAGUAACACUGGAGAGAAACCCUAUGUUUGCAAAGAAUGUGGAAAGGCCUUUACACAACCUGGAAAUUUCAUUCGGCAUUAUAGAAUCCAUACUGGAGAAAAACCCUUUGAGUGCAAAGAAUGUGGAAAGGCCUUUUGUGACAACUUUGCCUUAACUCAGCACAUGAGAACUCACACUGGUGAGACACCCUUUGAAUGCAGUGAAUGUGGAAAGACCUUUAGGCACAGUUCAUCCUUCACUCUUCAUCAAAAGAUUUAUAGAGUUUAAAAGCUAUAGGAAGGUUGGCCAGGUGUGGUGGUACACACCUGUAAUGUCAGUACUCAGGGGGCUGAGGCAAGAGG